UCUGAGACGUCCCCUUUAAACACUCGCUGAUCACUGACACGUUCAGUUGCCGUGAAUCUUCCAGUGGCUCAGCAUUCUUGGGUUCCUUGUUGUCCAUUUUGCACUCUCUCCACGGGGUAAACCGCAGCCAUGGACGAUGGAGAUGACCAAUUUAGUAUCUUCAUGACUCUGUUUAACGACACAGAGACGACUGACCAAAGCUACGUGGUCAGUGAAACUGUCCAGCUCUGUGACAAGAAAGGUGUCAAUGAAUUUGGUGCAAAAUUCAUCCCAGUUUUCUACUAUGUCAAUUUCCUCUUGAGUUACCUUGGCAACGGGCUUGUCCUCUUCAUCAUCUACAAGUAUGAGAAGCUCAGCACAGUGACAAACAUCUUCCUCCUGAAUUUGGUCCUGUCCAAUAUCCUCUUUGCCGCCAGCCUCCCCUUCUGGGCCACGUACCAUCUAUCUGAGUGGAUGUUUGGAAAUGCCCUAUGUAAGAUGGUCAGCAGUGCCUACUUUAUUGGUUUCUACAGUUCCAUCCUCUUCCUUACACUUAUGACAUUUGACAGAUACCUAGCAGUGGUGCAUGCAGUGGCAGCUGCCAAGAGCAGGAAAAAGCUAUAUGCUAUCAUUGCAUCUGUGAUCGUUUGGUGCAUCAGUAUUGCAGCGAGUGUGAAAGAGCUGGUUCUUCGAAAUGUCUGGAAGCAUGCUGUUACUGGACUGAUGUGCGAGGAGUCCGGAUUCACAGAGGACACCAUGAAGCGCUGGCGUCUUUUCAGUUACUACCAGCAAUUUCUGCUCUUCUUUCUUCUCCCCCUGUUCAUGGUGAUGUACUGCUACAUCAGCAUCACCAUACGCAUCAUGUCCACCCGCAUGAAAGAAAAGUGCCGUGCCAUAAAGCUCAUAUUUGUCAUCAUCUUCACAUUCUUCGCCUGCUGGACUCCAUAUAAUAUCGUCAUACUUCUUCGAGCAAUACAGAUCUCCAGUUCCAUUGAAGAAUCGUGUUCUAGCGCAGAAAGCUUGGACUAUGCACUUUAUGUGACCCGAAACGUUGCCUAUUUGUAUUGUUGCAUUAGUCCUGUGUUUUACACCUUUCUAGGAAAGAAGUUUCAGAGCCACUUCAAGAGGCUGGUGGGUAAGAAGAUUCCUUGUUUGAAGAGACACAUUAGCUUCAAUAGCCAGAGCACCAGGACAACGUCACAGCGGACACCACACUCUUUAUACGAGUACUAAACACCCACAUGUGUGUUGGUCUACUGUUGUAACGUCUCUCACUGAUGCAUUCUUUAGGCCAUCUGUCACCAAUGUAACUGGCAAAGGUCAGAGAUGAUGGCCACAAUCAUUUUGUUAUAUCCCUGCAGCACCAAACCAGUCUGGCCCCGUGUUCGUUGUGUUGCGUUACAAAGUAAUUACAUUACAUUUUUCAGUGAUGCAGUAAUGUAACAUUUUACUGUAGCAAAUUCAGUAAUUACAUUAGUUACAAUUAUGUUGUUACUUACAAAGGUUCUUCAGUUGUCUAAGUACAAGUUGGUUUUUACAGCACAUUUCACAGACAGAUGUCAGAGAGGCAUCUGUGCACCAAGCAGAUACAAAAACAAAAUCUGUUUCAUGUUUAUAUGGUUUUUUUUCUUCCUACUACUUGAACAACUGAUUUCAGUUCAUGUGCAAGUGGAGGAAAAUGCUGGCGCUUUGGGAGAUGUGAACAUUUAUUUUUCUUGUAUAACAGCGUGGUAGCACAGUGCAAACUGCAUCCAGGGCAGAAAAAAACUCUUUAUACUGCUAACACAACUUUGGCUCAAUCAUCGGCUCAGACAGCAUGCUAAUGCAACGCUAGCUGAGAACCCAGAGAGAUUUUAAAGCUGAGUCUUUGCCAACCCAAGCUCAGCAGACAGAACUUGAACUGCAACAGGUACCAAAACGUGAUUAGCAGUCAAACUUCCAGUGUGCUGUGGCGACCGCUUUGAAGGUUGGUUCCAUCUUUGCUUUGUUGUCAUUUUUGUGUUCAUAUGUAAAUACUAGAAAGAAAUCAUAUAGGUAGCCUAAUAUGCAACGAAUCCUUCUCUUAUUAAACAUAAACAUUGUAGAAAUACUAUUGAAGUGUACUUUUAUUUGAUACCUACAGACACUGAUACAAUUAUUAGGCUACUUAAAAACACGUUGCCUUGAAUUAUAUAAUUAUAAUAAUGCAUGUGAAAGUUUGAUAUUCUGAAUCUUUGUUUAAGGAAAAGUUUUUUAACUGGACAAUCUAACGUUUUAAUCUAAUACUCUUCACUCCACACGGCUCUCAACAGAUGAUCAGUUUUUGUUAUUAUCAGUUUUCCCUGAUAAUAAGCAAUCUUUAGUUGACUUCACUCGUCUCCUGCUGCGCCGCUCUGUCAGAUUACGUUUUAAACCUGCUUCAUGUUUGUCACGUGUUUAAAUCAAGAGUGCCUAACUGAAAUCAUCCAAUAAUGUUCUAUUUGUGUUAACAUGUAUUAGACUCAUACUCAAGAACAGCUAUGAAAUUACUUUUGGUAUGCAUACUUCAUGUGUUACGUUACAGCUAUAUCUACUAUAGUCAUGCUGUAGAAUUAUGAUUAUGUGUUGCCGAAAUGAAACAGCUGAUUGUCUGGUCAGUCUCUGGUUUGUGAUUUUCAGGCAGCAGAGCAGAGUGGGAUCAUAUAUUUGAGAAAGUGCGAGCUAACAGCUCUAUGUUUGCUGGAUAAAGUGAUGUUGGUAUUAAUCGUUUGUAGGUGUUAUGUGGAUGUAGCCAAAAAGCUGAAUGAAAAGAUCAACCCAGGAUGCUUCUGGAAACAUGUAUUAUUACCAGGCUGAUAUGUAGUUAUGUUAUAAACCCAUAUGUUAUUCACAAUACAGAAAACAUUGCACAUUUAAACUGAGACAUCAAAUUCAAAAUGAACUAUUUGAUUUGACACAGGCUUUUUGGAACUGGGGUUUCAUUUCAACAGUUUAAAGCUACUGAAUGAUGACAUUUUGGCUACUUCUGCACCUACUGCAUAUUUCUGUAUUCUGCUUUAUGAUUUGAUGGUUUUUAUAUUGACUGUUCUUGUAUUGUAACAUAAUGUAUAUGUUUGCAAUGCAUCUGUAUCUUUUAAAUAAACUGUAUGGAU